AUGGUGCACGCCCUAACUGGACAUUGCCCGGCUCCCUUCCUGGAGGAGACGCUAUUCCCCGCCGUCGGGGGAUUUAUCGAUGGCCGCUAUUGCAAAAACAUCAGCUUUGGCAACAGCACUUAUUCCUGUUGCUUGCCAUGUCCUCUCGCCGAGUGGAGAUAUGAUACUGCCUUGGGCGAUAAAAUCAGUGUCACGAGUUGGAUCAGCGUCGCCAUUCUCCCUCUUUGUAUUUUCUUACUGAUUUCCUACGCCGUGCUACCCGUCAAAUGGACUCACCGUCAUUAUCUGAGUAUCUGCUUUACGCUGGGUAUUUGUUGCAUGCAGCUCGCCUUCAUCAUCCCCCUCGGUGCCAAACCAGACCAAUGCCACAAUGCAAUCACCCCCAAUGGCAUGCGCUCAGAUCUUUCAUGUGCCUUCUCUGGAUCCUUAUUGUUAUUCGGGGGCUGGCUAGUGGUCAUAUGGAGUUUCAUCCGCACACUGGCCUUCCACCUACAAGUAUGCUGGGAAAAAGUCCUAGGGCCAAAGUUCAUGUGGACAGCCUUUGUCUGCGGAUUCGGAAUCCCAGCAAUCGGAAUGACAGUUAUGCUGAUCCUGACGGGAGUGUCAUUCCGAUUCGGCGAAAUCUGCCAUAUCAACGUAACCAACGCACUAUACGACUACUGGAUCCCAGUCAUGAUUUUCGCCGCUGCAGCCCUCUUCCUCCAACUAUCAACAAUGAUCUAUUGCACCCACAUCUACCUCCGCUCCCUCUUUGACAAAUCCGCCUCAACAUCAGGCAGCUCCGGCACAAAUCUCCCCUCCUACACAUCCAGCAUCGGCACCGUGACAGCCCGACAAGCCUACCGGCGCGUACGCCGCGUGCUUAAACUCCAAUGGCGCGGCAUCGCCCUCACAUCCAUCAUCCUCGGAAACGUAAUCUUCUUCGCCGUCGUCUUCAUCAACCUUGAUAACGCCGUCGCACCAACAGCAGAAAACGUCAAAACCGCAGGCCCCUGGCUAAUGUGCCUCGCCGAAACUGGCGACAAGAAUCUCUGCCGCGAAUAUGCCGCAGCUAUCGGCCCCAACGAAGCAACCCUCCUAGCAGUCGUGUUUCUGCUCUCGCUCGUCGGCUUUUGGAACUUCAUCCUCUUCGCUCGUCCAUCCAUGUUCGCCGGCUGGCUGGAUCUAAUCCGCCGCACAGUGGCCCAACGCAACGAGUUCGUCUCUGCAGAUGCGACCACCCGUUUCGCCGACAACAAGGGCUUCGAAAUGCUGACUACAUCUGUGAAAUCACCCGAUACCUUCAUGCGCUCGCCAAGCCCGUCCCGAAUAGGCGGGCCUGACCGCAACGCUUUCAUGCGCUCACCUAGUCCUACACAAAUGGGCGGGCCUGACCGCAGCGCUUUCAUACCCUCACCGAGCCCUACGCAGAUAUCUGGAUACGGCCGCAGUCCGAUUACCAGCCCCAGCCCAAGCUCCGACCGCAAUCCUCAUGUCGCGCGUGAGGCCCGCUAUGUGCGCCCCUCCCUGAGCUUUUCCGGGCCUAGGCCACCUAGCUCGUUACAUAGUGCCCGCGAGUGGGAUCCCCAGUCUUCGUUUGCGCCGGGUUACGGGCGAGAAUGA